AAUUUACCAUUUCCAUCGCCUGGUUCACACUAUCAUGAGAUCAUUCACUGUUAGUCCACCAACAUGGUGCCAUUGUUUUGGCUUUCUCUCAUUUCUCUCACCUGUUUGCCACCAAAAGGAAUGGCACAACCCGACGGCUGCCUGUUACAGCCAAGGCGCGUCAUUUGGCGCGAACUUGGACAAGACGCCGUGAUCCAGUGCAGCGUCCGCCCCAACUGCUCAUCCGAAAGGCUCCACUACAGGUGGUUCGCUUUUGAGCGCAGAUCGCACGGCCGUCUUAACUUGGCACACAACCAUCACAAGUACAUCUUACACGGGGCCACUUUACAAAUUAUGUCCCUGAACGCCAACGACAGCGGGAUUUACUUCUGUGCCGCCACGACGUGGGGAGAACCGGCACCUGGCGCUCAGCAUGUCGGACUGGGAACGACUCUUGUUGUGAAGGAAAAGACAAAACUCAUGGUGGGUCAUGUUCUGUUGUGGUUAACAUUCGUCGUCUUGGCCCUCUACAGCUCGGCAACAGUGACGCUUAUCAUUCAAAAGAAGUAUGGCCUUAACAUAUGCAACUGUAGACAAAUCUACAAAAGUGACGAGCAGAAAAACACAAACAAAAGCAGGAUAUUCCGCGAUGUGCUGCAAGAGAUGCAUCACAGACGGGACGUGAGGAGAAGCAAACAGACGGCGAAAAGAAACCCUGCGCCGCUUGAGGUGACAGCUGCCGAGUUAAAUCGUGCACCUGAUGACAUUUAUCAAAAUGUGGGCUCACUUUGGCCUUGGGAGUCACUUCAUUGUACCUAUGUCAGCAGGAAGAGAGUGCCACUGUCGGGAGAAACGCAAGCAAAGACGUGA